AUGCAGUGGCUGCUCGGAGAAGUCGAACGCCAUUUCCACCGGGCGCUGGCGCAUGCAGGCGAGUGCGUCGGCGCCAUUGCAGCACAGUCUAUCGGAGAACCUGCGACGCAGAUGACUCUCAACACUUUCCACUUUGCCGGUGUCGGAAGCAAAAACGUGACGCUCGGUGUGCCGCGCCUCAAGGAGUUGAUCAAUGUCGCGAAGCAGGUCAAGACGCCGUCGCUUACGGUGUAUCUACAAGACGAAAUCGCGAUGGAUCAAGAACGAGCGAAAGACGUCCAGGUGCGGUGA